GUGUAAACUACAAAGAAGAAAAAGAGGAAGAAGUUAACCCUCUCUUAGCCAGAAGCUACAGAGGUACCCUUAUUCAAGGCACAGUUUUCUCAGGAAAAAUGAAGACGUGUCUACGUUAUCAACCAAUUUGUCUAAAGGAGCGGAAGGCUUGGCCGCAAAAAUAUACAUUACUCCUGUUGAGCUUUCUGAGGAUUUCUCAAGCCAUCAACAUUAUUGGUGAUGAUAAGGAAGUAAUUACUGGAGAAACUGUUGAGCUAGUUUGUAAACUGUCUGGAGAUGGUGCUGAGGUUCUUCGAGUAGACUGGAUGAGAAAAACACUGAAGAAACCAGAAAAAAAGAUUUUCACAAUCAUAAGAAAUAAGGAUGCAACUCCUGAAGAAGAAAAUGGACUCAAGGAUCGCCUUCAAUUUACUGGGAGUAUACCACAAGGCAUCGGAAAUAUUCGUCUUCAGGAUGCAAGACUUCAGGAUAUUGGGAAUUACUCAUGUCGCUUUGUUCUGUUUGAAGGCAGUCCUGUCAGCAAGUCCAUUCAGCUGAAAGUCCAAGCUCGACCUGAGAUAAACAUCCCCACCAUUACACCUUUGGUUGGCACAAGUGAGGCAACUCUUGCAACAUGCAGAGCUGAUGUUGCUCAUCCUCCUGCUGAGGUGUUCUGGAAUGCCAGUUCCCUUAGAAUAUCUGUGAGAUCAAUAACAAACUCUACUGAGAACCCAGACGGAUCUAUGAAUGUCUCCUGCAGUCUCAUGGGUGUGCCCUCCAGAGACAUCCUCAACAAGGAGGUCCUGUGUUUGGUCAGACACCCAACGUUGGAAAGACAGCGGACGAUCCCUUACUCUAUCAACAUCCAUUACCCCCCUCAGUCAACUAAGGUGACUCCUCUCGAGAGUCCCUCUUCAUCUCCAGUGUUUCAAUGUCAAGCUGAUGCCAAUCCAAGACCAGACAAUUAUACAUGGACAAGGAAUGGACUUCCUCUCUCCAAUAAUGGAGUUAAAGCAGAUGGUAACAAACUCUACUUUCAAAAAUUACAUUCCGACAUGAAUGGCCUUUAUGAUUGUGAAGCCUCAAACAUCUAUGGGUCAGCAACAUGUUCAUUGCAGUUUUAUAUAAUUUCAACUUCCAGAGAUAAGUUUUUUCUUUGGAUUCCAUUCACAGUGUUCCUGUGUUUCCUUACAUUUUGCAUAUUCAAUAACAGAUCUGCGCUGAAAAGUAGUGUGACUGCAUUAAUGACCAGGUUUCAGGCUCCAGAUUCAAGAAGGCAGAGUGAAGACUCUGUCAUUGAGGAGUCAGGAGAAUCAAGUCAAUUACAGCCUGCAGUAUUGACUGCUCCUGUUUCAAGAGGGAAAAGUGAAGACACACCACAAGAACUGCUGGAGCAGAAGCCUUCUGGUAUUGAGGAGUCAGGAGAAUCAAGUCAAUUACAGUCACUUGGACAGCACAGGAGAGAGAUAAUGUGGUUCCCAGCACACAGCACAAUCACUGAAAGAAUCACAAGAAGGCUCUUCGGAACAGUCUUCCUGCUUGACGCAGAAAGAUGCAAGGAGUCUCGGAGAAAAAACUUGACCACGGGAUGGCCACAUGCAGCACCAUCCAGACCAGUCCAUCCAAGAGGGGCCCCUGACCCUGCACAACCCAAGACUGCAGGCAAAUCGGAUUUGUUUUUCAAAUCAGACUUUAUGGACAUUUGUGAGAACUGUGAACUAUUGGAUUGGCAUAAGAAAACCCUUACCUGGUAUGAGGUGAAGUGUAAAGGGGUGUGUAGAUGUGUGAACACUUGGUACUUUGUUUCUGUGCCUAGUUUACAUGCUUAGUUUCUGUACUUAGUUGUGUGCCUUGAAUGGGCCUGGAUUGUGCCUAAAUGCUGUGUGCUGUGUUUAGUUGCGUUGUAGCAGAGUGCUUAAUCAUUCUACUGAUUUUUAUUGUAAUCAUUUAAUUUAAAAUUUUACUGAUUCCUCACACGGAGUUUAAUAAUGUCAUCCUUCGUACACAGGAACUUCAAACUCUUGUCACGUCAAUGUGGGAGUGGUUCCUGUGUAUAUAGUGUGUGUUGUGUUUGUUGGUUCUGGUUGGACCUGUGGAGUCGAUACUAGAGUCCCCCUUGUAAAUAAAUAUAUAUAUUUUUAUAAGA